AUGCCUCCUGCUCAUCGCUGGUGCAGUUGUUCCGAGUGCUCUCAAGCUCCCGGCGGGGCCGUCUUGCUCCGGUAUCGAUCAUGGUACUGGCACAACAAGGAGCGAGAGCAGGAGCCGACACCACAGCGUAGACGAGCAGAUUGCCCAACAUCUCCCGACGCCGUCUUGCGUUCUACUCCUCUUGCCACCAUCCACGCCAGCAAUACAUUCGUCGCACCCCAUCCAACCUCGCCUGACUUGCCUGGAGAAGACCUGGAGGAUGUCGAGACAGAAGGCGGAGAUGCUCAGUGUGAGCAGGACGAUGAUGAUGAGGAGGCCGCGGAGACCGACGCCGAGGCUGUUGAGGUCGCGAGCGGCGAUCACUGGUGGAGCGAUGCGCCAUCGGACUUGGAGGAGGACGAGAACAUGGAAGCCGAGCACUUCGAUCGCGUUGAAGAGGAUUACGGUUCGUUCAGCUUUGGUCAACUUGGGCUCGAGCCGGCAUCCGUGGACCAUUCGGCGGCAAACACCAUAGUCGGCGCGCCCAACUUGCCGACCCCUGUCCAACAAUCGCCCGCGCCAGACCACUUGGAGCCCUCGGGGGUCUUCAUCGCCUCAUCAUGGGAGCACCACCUCUACCUCCUGGUCGUCUUCUUGAUUGCGUACGGCGGCAUCUCUGACCGGCUCGCCACCCUCGUCGCCACCAUCAUCUCAAGGGUUCUGGUGCCGCUCGUCAAGACCUCAAUACAAGCGCUUCACCAUCCGGAUCCGCUCGCUAUCAACGUCGGCGCUUCUCCACUCAAGGUCGUAGUCACCCCAGCAAGCAUUCGCAAGCAGAUUGGAAUACAAGACGAUUUCAAACGCUAUGGUGUGUGUCCAGCCUGUGCACUCCCGCAUCCGUGGGAUGGAGGAAGCAGCCCACUUGAUCCUCUUUGUGUGAGGUGCGGAGCGAGCUUGUACGAUGGUGGCAAGCUCAAGAUCACGUACUCGCAUCGCUCGAUCGCCACCAUCCUCAAGUCGGUACUCCGAGACAAAGGCAACGAGGAUGCACUCCAAGGAUGGAGGGCUUAUGUUGCUCGCAAUGAACGGUCAAGCGAUCCAACGUUCAACACCCUCUGGUCCGGGCAGCGAUGGCGAGCGGACUGCUCAAACGUCGCCUGUGGUACGAGCUGUGAUAGCAACCACAUGAAGUUUGUGGACCUUGGUGAUCACAUCAAGAUCACAUUGUCUAUCGAUUGGUUCACACCGUUCAAGGGCCGCUACUCAGGAUGGCAUUCGAGCGGCGCCAUCCUCAUGCGGAUUGACAACAUCCCCAAGAACACCAUCUCGCUGGACCGCAAGUGCGCCGGUAUCCACUUGGUUGGCCUCCUCCCCGGCCCCAAAGAGCAGGACGUCAAGAUGCUCACGCCGUUUCUGCAGCUCAUCACGGACGAGCUCAAGAUGCUGUAUCGCGAUGGCAUCAGGAUCAAGACUGCCAGACAUCCAGAAGGAAGAGAGCUGAAGGUGAAGCUCGGCAUGAUCGUCGCCGACUCUCCCGCCAGAGCCAAGGUUGGAGGCCUCCUCGGUCAGCGAUUCAAGGGCAAGGGCUGCCCCUACUGCCUCUUCGAUAUGGACGAGCUUGGCUCGAAGCAUGCCUCGUCGGCGUCCAAGAGAACCGCAGCUCAUCGAGAGCAUUCUCUCGCCUGCCGGUCAGCAGCUGGAGCGAGGCAACACAGGAGCAACGGGGUACAGUUCAGCGUCUUGCACGAGCUGGUGUACUUCUCAACACCGACCAUGUGCCCCCCGGACUACAUGCAUGCCGUCCACCUCGGGAUGUGCAAGAGGUUCUUCCACAAGUUCCUCAUCGAAGGCUGCAACAACAUUGGCGGCAUGCUGGGCCCGCUCUUGGCCGUUGUCAACAACACCAGCCUGCCAAGCUCGGCGACGAGGCCAGACGGACGCAUUGGCAAGCCAGGCGGUGGCAAUCCAAACGCCGAACAGUGGCUGACGUUCUUCAAGCACCAGCUCAUCUUCGGUCUCAUCCAGGUAUGGUCCCAGUCUUUGGGAGGAGCUGGCAUGCUCCAAUUGCAGUUCAACCUCGAGCCAAAGCAGAUCAGUGGAAGGCGACCGGUCCUCCUCGGCAGCAAGGCGGUGGAAGACGUCUUCGAGGCAGCUCUCCUCCUCAGCGCAAUCGUCGACUUCAUGGAGAGGCCGCUCAGCGAUGGCGAGGUCAGCCGUUUGGAGGAGCUCAUCGUCCGCUUCAACAGGCAGCAGUCAAACAUGCUGGGUCCAGGCUGGCUCACGUACAACAACCACAUCGCCAAACACAUCCCCGAGUUCAUCCGCCUGUACGGUGUCCCCAAGAACUUCUCGUGUUACGCGUUUGAGAGCUACAACGGCGUGCUCGGCGGCAUGAAGAAGUGUAACAGGAAAGGCGGUGUUGUUGAAGACAGCAUGAUGAGGACGACUAGUCUGCGGUCCGAGGUAGACCGCGUGCUGCUCAACUGCGGCUCGGAGAUGAUGAAGAAGGAGCUCACUCGAUACAUACGUGGCUCACAAGCUGAGAUGGAUUCCAUCACGGAGACCAAGGCGGCAAAGAAGGUGAUGGACGGCAGUACCACCAACAAGCUCCUGUUCUUCCUCAACGGCCCGCACAAGACGAUACGCGGGGUGUAUCAGCUCGAUGGAGAGCAGGGUCCGGAUGACGUUGGCAUCACCACUCACGCCCAGCACUUCCACACGUUGACGAGGCAGUCAUUUCCACGGCCGAUUCGGUACUCGUCUGCUCUUCAAGGAGGCAGUGUCAACCUUGGCAACACGUACGUGCUGGUUCCACUGCCUUCGUCUCAGUCUCUAGUUGCUCAAAUCCUCUGGCUCUUCAAGAAGAGGAUACGCUUCAACACAGACGGGGAGGCAGGCGAGGAUAUUUACUUUGCCCACGUUCGUAGCAUUGAGAUGGUGGAGGCGGUGGAUGCGCUGGGAGCUGGCCAUCCUGGUCUAGAUCUCAUGGACGAGAUAGGCCUGAUGUUCGCCCGCCCAGGCGAAGGAGGGACUGAGAUGGUGAUCCCCUUCCUCGCCAUCACAACGCAGCUCUUGUGCUGCAAGAUCCAGACGGUUCAAGGGUCUUUCUUGGGUCUCAAGGCCGUUUAG